AUGGCUGCCUAUCUCGCGCAAACCCGUCGCUUGCUCAAACAGUUCAAAACCUACUACAUCCACCAGGUCCCCAGAUAUGAGAACAGCCAUGCCGAUGCUCUCUUUAGGCUCGCUUCGGCUAUCGACGACCAUGCCGGACGCCACGUCCCCAUAGAAGUUCUCGCUCGGCGGAGCACGGCCGAAGCCGAUGUCAACACUGUCCGUCAGGACCCUAGUUGGAUGGACUUGAUCCACGCUCACCUCACCGACGGCACCUUACCAACUGACAAAGCCGAAGCAAAGGCAGUACGACGACGAUCGGCUCGCUACCUUUUGUUGCAAGGCAUCCUCUAUCGGCGCAGCUACUUCCUGCCGUUGCUGAGAUGUGUUACACCACAACAAGGAGACUACAUCUUGCAUGAGAUACACGAAGGCGCGUGUGGUGACCACUCGGGAUCCCGAUCCUUGGCCUUCAAGGCUGUUCGACAAGGCUAUUAUUGGCCAACUCUCCAUGCUAAUGCCACCCAGAUUGUGCAAAGGUGCGAUCCGUGCCAACGUUUCGGAUUUGUAUCGAAAGUCCCGGCAGAACCACUCAGUCCGAUGACUAGCCCGUGGCCAUUCGCCCAAUGGGGACUCGAUCUCAUUGGCCCAAUGCCGCAAGGCAUGGGUCAGCUUAAAUUCGCAGUCGUAGUCGUCGAUUACUUUACCAAAUGGACUGAGGCCGAAGCCCUCACAACAAUAACGGCAGCUAAGAUCGAACACUUUAUAUGGAAAAACAUCCUAUGCCGAUUCGGCCUACCAAACGCCAUCGUGACGGACAACGGCAAGCAAUUCGAUUGCUCACAGUUUCGGCAUCUCUGCUCCCGAUUCAACAUCAGCAUCUUCUUUGCAUCUCCGGCACAUCCGCAAUCCAAUGGGCAGGUAGAAGCCAUCAACAAGAUCAUCAAAAAAACAUUGAAGAAGAAGCUCGGAGCCGCCAAGGGCAAUUGGCCUGCCAUACUACCAGAAGCACUAUGGGCCAUCAAUACCUCCUACCGAAGGUCAACUGGUGAGACACCGUUCUCCCUAGCGUUCGGUACCGAAGCUGUAGUUUUGGUAGAAGUACAUGCGCCCACAUGCCGAAUGGCAUCUUACGACCCUUAG